UUUGUUCUUUUUAGGGUAUAAUGAUACUGAAACUACCAAGAAAGCAAUGCAUUAUUUUGUUUUCCCCCGGAUCCUCCAAUAACCUACCUGGGCUAGGGGCUUCUCAAGGUAUUUCCUGUCUCGAGAAAUCCCUGUCGGCUGCUUCCUUUACGGACCCCACUUCCGUCAAAUGCUCCACCAGCGUAAACUGACAAUGGUCCCAGUCCAUGUCGAUCUGUUCCACGAAUAUCCAGCCCUCGCCGACAUCUUCCCAGUAUGUCGCCUCAUAUCUAAGAACUUUCAGGCAUUCAAAGAACAAGACCUCUCUCAUGCCGCAUGGAAAGUUCGGCUUGAGAUUUCUCCAUGCAUCCGAUUGUGGCGCUGGAAGGGGUACCGUCCCUAAUUGGAAGUCCGAUGAAUCCAAGUCCGGCAAAUCCAUGUCCUCUCUCCAGUCGCAUGGAAACCUCAGCUCGAGAUUUCCCCAUGUAUCCGAUUGUGGCGCUGCAAGGGGUACCGUCCCUAAUUGGAAGUCCGACGAAUCCAAGUCCGGCAAAUCCAAGUCCUCUCUCCAGUCGCCUGGAAACCUCAGCUCGAGAUUUCCCCAUGUAUCCGAUUGUGGCACUGGAGGGGCUAGCGUCCCUAAUGGCAAGUACGACGAAUCCAAGUCCUCAAUCCGUAGAUCAAGUCUGAGGUGCCCCCAAUUUUCUCUGUUUCGGAAUGAAUCCCAUACUUCUACUUUGAUGCCAUCCUGUGCACAAUAACCGGCGAACUCCAUCAGUUCAAUGUCCUCAAUGACUUUGGUGAAGAGGCUGUCCCUAACAACUUCUUCAAAGGGAAUAUCCGAGUCGGACUUGCUGAAGAGAUAGACGCAUAGCCCUAGAACUGACAGGUGCGGGAGGUCAUCAUGAAGUGACGAAGCGAGCUCUAGAAUGCUGGGCUUGUAGCUGGCAG